AUGAAUUUUGGUAACAGAACUCCAACCAUUGUUGUCCUUAAAGAAGGUACCGAUGCCUCCCAAGGCAAAGGUCAGAUUAUUUCCAACAUCAAUGCAUGCAUUGCUAUCCAAGAAACAUUGAAGCCAACAUUAGGUCCCCUAGGUUCUGACAUUUUGAUUGUAACAUCAAACCAAAAGACAACCAUCUCCAAUGAUGGUGCUACUAUUUUAAGAUUGUUAGAUGUUGUACAUCCAGCUGCAAGAACUCUAGUGGAUAUUUCAAGAGCUCAAGAUGCCGAAGUCGGUGAUGGGACUACAAGUGUGACUAUUCUUGCCGGGGAACUAAUGAAGGAGGCAAAACCAUUCUUGGAAGAAGGUAUUUCUUCUCAUAUUAUUAUGAAGGGUUAUAGAACUGCAGUUCGGCUAGCUGUUGAGAAGAUUAAAGAAUUAGCAACCGAUGUCUCAGUUGAACAUGAAGGAAGUAGAGAAUUACUAGAACGUUGUGCUAGAACUGCCAUGAGCUCCAAACUGAUUUAUAAGAAUGCUGAUUUCUUCGUUAAGAUGUGUGUCGAUGCAGUUUUAUCAUUAGAUAAAGAUGAUUUAGAUGAUAAGUUGAUUGGUAUUAAGAAAAUUCCAGGUGGAGCUAUGGAGGAAUCCAUGUUUAUUGAUGGUGUUGCCUUUAAGAAAACCUUCUCAUAUGCUGGGUUUGAACAACAACCAAAGAAUUUUAAGAACCCUAAGAUCUUAAGUUUAAAUGUUGAAUUAGAGUUGAAAGCUGAAAAGGAUAACGCAGAAGUCCGUGUAGAACAAGUAUCUGAUUACCAAGCUAUUGUGGAUGCUGAAUGGCAAAUUAUUCUUGAUAAAUUGGAACAAAUCAAAGACACGGGUGCAAAUAUUGUAUUAUCUAAACUUCCAAUCGGUGAUUUAGCUACACAAUACUUUGCUGACAGGAAUAUUUUCUGUGCUGGUAGAGUUAGUUCUGAUGAUAUGAAUCGUGUAAUCCAAGCUGUAGGGGGUUCGAUACAGUCCACCACUUCGGAUAUUAAACCGGACUAUUUAGGUACGUGUGAAACUUUUGAAGAAAUACAGAUUGGUGCUGAACGUUACAAUUUAUUCAAAGGUUGUCCACAAGCUAAAACAUGCACAUUACUUUUAAGAGGUGGUGCUGAACAAGUCAUUGCUGAAGUAGAAAGAUCUUUGCAUGAUGCCAUCAUGAUCGUUAAGAGAGCAUUACAAAACAAAUUAGUCGUUGCCGGUGGUGGUGCCAUUGAAAUGGAAAUAUCUAAAUAUCUAAGAGAUUAUUCUAAAACUAUUGCCGGUAAGCAACAACUUAUUAUCAAUGCAUUCGCUAAAGCUUUAGAAGUUAUUCCAAGACAAUUAUGUGAGAACGCUGGGUUUGAUGCUGUAGAAUUAUUGAAUAAAUUAAGAUUGGCCCACAGUAAAGGUGAAAAAUGGUUUGGUGUAGAUUUUGAAACUGAAAACAUUGGUGAUAACUUUAGCAAAUUUGUAUGGGAACCAGCUUUAGUGAAAAUUAAUGCAUUGCAAAGUGCGACAGAAGCUACGAAUUUGAUUUUGUCUGUCGAUGAAACUAUUACUAAUCAAGAACAUCAAUCAGCCAACGCUGGCAUGAUGCCACCUGCUCCAGGUGGAGGUAGAGGUAGAGGAGUACCAAUGCAAUAA